AUGGCAAGGUUGAGAAACUGUUUACAUGGUGAGACUAGGAAGGUAGUAUCGGCGCUGCUGUUUACCGCGAAGGAUCCAGCAGACAUUAUGCGGACACUGGAGCAGUGUUUCGACCGCCCGGAAGUGAUUAUUGAUCGUGCGUUAGAUGACUUGAAACGCCUUCCGCGCCCGGGUCAAACCGCCCAGGAGUUAAAUUCGUUCGCUAUUAAGUUGCAAAAUAUAGUGUGUACUAUGCAGAACGUCGACGGCAAAGGAUAUUUACAAAAUCCGAUGCUAACUAGGGAGGUUACGAGUAAGCUUAGCCCUGGCGCAUUGGUGCGAUUAUGCGGAGCACUAUGGAAGUGCGCACGAACCGGACAUUGUGACACUAUCCCAGUUUAUGAUGCGAGAGGCUGA